AUGGAUGAUGGUCAACUGAUUGAACGAGUUGGAGCAUUCCCGCAGUUGUUCGUGAAGUCUGAUGCAAGAUACAAAAAUAACCGAAUGAGGGAAAACGCUUGGAAAUCUAUUGGCAUCAUCUUGGAUGAAACACCUGAAGCAUGUGAACACAGGUGGAAAAUAUUGAGAAAUAAAUAUACAGGACUAAGGAGAGAAGUCAAACUGACUCCAUCAGGUUCAGGAGCCAGUGAGAUUACGUGGCCAUAUUUCAAAUCAAUGAGCUUCUUGGACCCAUAUUCACAAACAAGGAAAUCUUUCUCCAACAUUACAUUGAAAAAUGUGAAAGAAAAUGCAUGGGAUUCAUUCUCGCAAAUGACUGAGCUAGAAGAGAACACAAAGAAAGAGAAUUUUGAAGAUUCUGAACCUCUUCCAGAUGUAUAG